CCCCCAUAGAAAUUUAGUAGACUAUUUCAACGCAUGCGCUCACAUGAAUGUCGCCAUCUUAAUUUGGGGUCAGUGAGGGAAGUUACGUGUUUCUUACGGAUUUCUUACGAAUUUCCUGGGCAUGGCGAACAUCGCAGUUGCCAGAAUAAAAAGGGAGUUCAGGGAAGUCGUCAAAAGUGAAGAGGCUGCCAAAUGUAACAUCAGAGUAGAGCUAAUCGAUGAUAACUUCACUGAACUUCGAGGAGAGAUAGCAGGACCACCCGAGACCCCAUAUGAAGGUGGCAAAUUUCUGUUGGAGAUAAAGAUACCAGAAACAUAUCCUUUCAACCCACCUAAGGUGAAGUUCAUGACUAAGAUUUGGCACCCCAAUAUCAGCUCUGUGACCGGUGCUAUCUGUCUGGACAUACUGAAGGAUCAGUGGGCAGCAGCUAUGACCUUGAGAACAGUACUGCUGUCCCUGCAGGCCUUGCUGUCUGCUGCUGAACCAGAUGACCCUCAGGAUGCUGUGGUGGCCAAGCAGUACAAGGAAAAUAGACAUCUGUGGGAAAAAACGGCCAGGCACUGGGCACAAGAAUAUGCUGAAGCACCUAAAAGUAAAAAAGAUGACGAGUUCUAUGACAAAGUAUCUCAACUAGCAGAGAUGGGAUUUGAUCGGCACAAAGCAUUGACAGCCUUGUCUGCACAUGAAUGGAACAUGGAGAGAGCCACACAGGACCUGAUCAGUUAAUCCAUGCCCACCUAUGUAGGACAACAUCUGUAGGAAGGUGCCAGUUUUUAGGAACCGCCAAUCAUCCGGACUCAAUAAACACUCAUCAUGCAAAUUACGUUUGUAAGAGGAUUAAGCAUUUAGGGCCCCAGUUAUGUUAUAACCCCCAGUUACAGAUGUCUGGCUCCCUUAGCUACAAUGUGAUAAAGAACUGUGAGGUGUACACAAACUUUUGACUUGUAGGGAAACAAUAAAAUUGAAGUCUAAGUUUGAUGUAAGUAGAUUUCAUCCCAGAUGACUUGUUUUGUGUCUGAUAAUAUGGCUUAUGAAUUUGAGAUUUGAGACACAGUUUAGAGUUGUUAUGAUGCUAAGAGGUUGUCAGGGAAAUAAGAAAAAUACUUUGGGCAGUUCUACCAGAAAGCUCUGUAGUUUACAACUUUCCUUGAAUAUGACUUCAAAAUUUGGCUAGGGCAGUAAAGUACAAGCAAAGUUAAUUCAGCCAUAAACAGGUUCAAAAGCGUGUUCAUUCAUACUUCAGCCAUGCUUCAAGGCUACAGCUAUGUGAGGUUAGCUGCUUUCUGCAGAAAUAAAUGGUGCAGGAAAUUUAGGGGUUGAUGGGAAGGGGGGUUAAAAAUCUGUGCAUGUACAUAUUUUGUAUGCAAGUGAUCAAUGAAAUGUAUUCUGUAAAAGGCCUUUAUAUUUUGAAAAUGGGGGUCCCCGGGGCAAUGUUUAAGUGGAGAUACCUUCAGUUUCCAAUUUAUUUUGUGAAAGAGGUACAUGUAUAUCAGGCGCUGGGUCCAGUGUCCUUCAUAAUUACACUUACACAUACAUAUUUAAGUCUCUUUGUGAUAGAGAUUUGUAAAAAAAAAAUGUAACAGGCUCUUUGAACAUGUUAUUAGUUCUGAUGUCAUCAAGUUUAAUCGUGCUCCUGGCUGUUUGAUUUUCAUACAUUGUAGUAGAUGUUGGUAUCUGGUAAGGCCACAGCAAGUAAAUUCUAUGGAUGACAUCAGCGCGCGCAUUAAUUUUCGCCUGAUUUCAGAAAAAAAAACAAGAAUUUUUUUCUUCUGCAGGGAUGGUCAACAUGACGAUAAAGUACCAAAAUGAGCAAAUAUAUUGUGUUGUAGCCUAAUAAUUGUACUUGUAGAAGUGACACUUGCGAGGUAUCCGGGACUGUAGUUGUAGAAAUGAAACUUAUUGAAUAGUUGUAAAAUUGACACCAAUAAUGAAGCUAUGAGCGUGGUUACCAACUAUGUUGGUGAUGCCAGUCUUCCACACUAGUGUCACUUUUACCACACCAGUACAUGUCUUAAAUACAGGAAUGAAUGCCUUGUUGGCUCUGAUACCAUGUUUUGUCCCUUUAAUUCGCUUUACAACAUUCAUCACAACUUUAUGGUGCCUAUUUUUGAAAAUGUAGCCAUCUUGUUUUUUUUCACCCAUCUUGUUUUUUUUUUCGCCCUAUCUCACUAUUUUCUAUUUUUCUAUCUUGCUGUAUCAAAACCUGCAGUCUGCAGAGGAUGUCAUCCAUAAAAUUUACUUGCUGUGGCCUAAGUGUUCUUUCUGUUAGUGUCUGUAUCUGACCGUCACCUGAACCAUGCUGUUUGUUUUGUCCAAUGUCUUUCACACAAAAGUACAAUAUUGGUUUUUAUCAGUAAGCAGUUUGAUAUGGUAUCAAUAAGCUCCUCACCUGAGGUGUCAACAAAAUAAUAUUGUCAAAGAUAAUAUAAUUGCAGCCACAAGAGUACCUAGAUUUGUCAUAUAUAUAUGCUCUGUCAAGACUUUUUACGAGCUCAUUGAAACAUUUCCCCCUUUCUGUAUUUCUGAGAGCUGAAUGAAAAUAAAUGCUAAUGUAAAAAAGGAAA